AUGCCUGCCGCGUCUCUCGAUUCUGCACGCUGGACGGCGUCCGACCUUGUGCUGCUCGACAUUGAGGGAACCAUCUCGAGUAUUUCCUUUGUCAAGCAUGUCAUGUAUCCGUACGCACUUGAGCGUCUCAGGAGAUUAGCACGCGGCUCAUGGUCCGACUCGGACUUUCAGGACCUCAUUGCGGGGUUCCCAGCUGAGACCAAGCAAGAUGCCGAUUCUCUCCUGGCCCAUGUCGAGGACUUGACGCGGCGAGAUGUCAAGGCCGUGUACCUGAAGCAGCUCCAAGGACAUCUCUGGAAGACCGGAUUUACAGAGGGCGACCUCAAGACCCCGCUCUUCGCCGAUGUAGUCCCCACGCUCACAGCCUGGAAGGAUUCCGGGCGAACACUUGCCAUCUUUUCAUCUGGUAGCGUGCAAGCGCAGCUCCAGUUCUUCUCCUACGUCGAGGAUGGCGCAACGACCAGAGACGUCAAACCGCUCUUCUCAGCGCACUAUGACACAGUCAACGCAGGCCCAAAGCUAGAGAAGGCCUCGUACCAGAAGAUCUGCCGCGAGAUGGGCGUAGACGUGAAGAAAGUCACCUUCUUGACGGACAACGUGAAAGAGGCCGAAGCUGCGACCGCAGCAGACGUAUACGCAGUCAUCGUCGAUCGUCCUGGCAACGCACCGUUGUCCGACUCGUCGAAGAGCACGUACCCCAUUAUCACGUCGUUGACCGACCUGCCCGCUUUAUAG